AUGGCCCCCUCCACGGACCCCAGUCGGACGAAUACCUUCAGCGCCGCAUAUUCCUCGCCCCAGCUGAAUGGCACGUUCGAGCACACAAUCCACUCAACCCCACCGAAUCCCUCCCAACAAGACGUGAAAACCAAGGUCGCUUAUCUCUCGGAGCUCAGAAAACUCGUUCCCGAGCUGCAGAAUGAUAUAAACGUCUUUCUUACCCAGCAGAUGGAGGAAGACAAAAAAGCUGCCGAAGCGCAAGGCCGUCAGUUGUCGGAGAAGGAAGCCAAAGAGGAAGAAAACUACGGAGAAGAAGUUGUCGAGGACGAUGCUUGA